AUGAAGCAGAUGAGGCGAGCAAGGAGAGGCACCUUCUACACAAGGCAAAAUGGACAGCUGACUGCCACCGUCUGGAAAGACAGCUGCAUCAUGAUGCUGCUCUCCACUGCACAUCAAGGCUGGAGGGAUCCCGCCAUCCACACCCUCAAGAGAAAAUGUAUAGAAGAGAAUACAGGGCGGCUGAGGUCAACGACCAUUCCAGCUCCUCCUCAGGCGGUCUCCUACACCAGGUGCAUGGGUGGUGUCAACAGAGGCGACCAACUACGGUCAUACCACACAUGCGCCCGCAAGUCCCAGCACUGGUGGCGUGGGAUCCUGUACUUCCUGCUGGAUGUAGCCAGGGUCAAUGCUUGGUUGGCCUACAAGCACCACCAUCCAACCACGGAUGACAGCGAUAGCAGCAUCAGCGACGGUGAUGCAAAGGAGACAACAAAGGAUGCCAACACGAUGACCCACUCCAAGUUUGUUCCUGAUGUGGCAGUAGGCUUGAUUGAUGGAUAUGCUGGAGGUGUCCCCCCUCGUCAAGUUACUCGCUCUCGUCCCGUUCCUGCCUACAAUAACCAAGGCCACUACUCUGCAAAGAUGCCGGGACGGAAUGCUCGUUGGUGCAGGUGGUGCAGGGAGCACAACAUCCUCACGAAGGCAGGUCUACCCAAGUCAUCACAAAGAGGCUGUCCAGUUUGUGGAGUCAAUCUCUGCCCAGGCCGCUGUUUCCUGAAAUACCAUAGAGCCAGUGACAUCGAGAACGACUCCACCACCACUACCACCGACUAG